UCACCAGCUCCAGAUGGAGAAGAUCAAUGCUGUGUAAGGAUCCUAACCGCGAACUGUCUGUUGGGGGAUUUUAUUCUUUGUUGAUUUUAUUUCUGAGUGGUGUAAAAUGAAGUGAAUAUGGUGGCGUUGAAAAAGCGUGGGUUUGAUAAUGCACACAUUGAUUUGCUCUUCCUUAUAAAACUACUAACAGGGGGUGAAACCGCAGUGGUCUCGGCACUUUUACUGAGGUGACCACUAAAGUCAUGAGGGCAUCAUCCUCACGUUUAUCCAGCUUUUCAUCCAGAGACUCUUUAUGGAGCCGGAUGCCGGACCAGAUCUCUGUGUCCGAAUUUCUGUCGGAAACCACGGAGGAUUACAACUCCCCGACCACGUCGAGCUUCACCACCCGCUUACAGAGCUGCAGGAACACGGUCAGCGUGCUGGAGGAGGCGCUGGAUCAGGAUCGAACAGCUCUACAGAAGGUGAAGAAAUCUGUCAAAGCGAUCUAUAACUCAGGGCAAGAGCACGUGCAGAAUGAGGAGAACUACGGACAGGCUCUGGACAAGUUCGGCAGUAACUUCAUGAGUCGUGACAGCUCAGACCUGGGGGCCGCCUUCAUCAAGUUCUCCGGUCUGGUUAAAGAGCUGGCAGCUCUGCUUAAAAACCUGCUCAACUCGGCAGUCGGAGAAAUCGGUCUCCAGAGCCUCAGCCACAAUGUGAUCUUCACCCUGGACUCUCUGCUGAAAGGCGACCUGAAAGGAGUGAAAGGGGAUCUCAAAAAACCCUUUGACAAAGCCUGGAAAGACUACGAGGCAAAGUUUACGAAGAUCGAGAAGGAGAAGCGAGAGCACGCCAAACAGCACGGGAUGAUCCGCACAGAGAUCACCGGAGCUGAGAUCGCGGAGGAGAUGGAGAAAGAGCGCAGGAUCUUUCAGCUGCAGAUGUGUGAAUACCUGAUCAAAGUGAACGAGAUCAAGACUAAGAAGGGAGUGGACCUCCUGCAGAACCUCAUUAAGUAUUAUCAUGCACAAUGCAACUUUUUCCAGGAUGGCCUGAAAACCGCUGACAAGAUGAAGCAAUAUAUCGAGAAGUUAGCAGCUGAUCUGUAUAAUAUAAAGCAAACACAGGAUGAGGAGAAGAAACAGCUAACUGCUCUACGGGACCUUAUCAAAUCCUCCUUACAGCUGGACCAGAAAGAGUCUAGGAGAGACUCGCAGAGCAAACAGAGCGGAUACAGUAUGCAUCAGCUUCAGGGAAAUAAGGAGUUUGGCUGUGAGAAGAAGGGUUAUCUGAUGAAGAAGAGUGAUGGGCUGCGGAAAGUGUGGCAGAGGAGGAAGUGUUCAGUGAAGGGUGGCAUCCUGACCAUUUCACAUGCCACGUCCAACAGACAGCCAGUUAGACUUAACCUGCUAACCUGUCAGGUUAAACCAGGCGAGGAUAAGAAGUGCUUCGAUCUGAUCUCUCAUAAUCGUACAUAUCAUUUCCAGGCAGAGGAUGAGCAGGAGUUUAUGAUCUGGAUCUCAGUGCUGACUAACAGUAAGGAGGAGGCUCUGAACAUGGCAUUCCGUGGUGAGCAGAGUGCAGGCGAUGACAGUCUGGAGGAUCUGACCAAAGCCAUCAUCGAGGAUGUGCUACGCAUGCCUGGCAACGAGGUGUGCUGCGACUGCGGAGCGCCAGAUCCUAAAUGGUUGUCCACGAACCUGGGCAUCCUGACCUGUAUUGAGUGUUCAGGGAUCCACAGAGAGAUGGGUGUCCAUAUCUCCCGCAUACAGUCCAUGGAGCUGGACAAGCUAGGCACCUCUGAACUCUUGCUGGCCAAGAAUAUAGGAAACAGUAGUUUUAAUGAAAUCCUGGAGGGGAAUCUGCCGAGCCCGUCACCAAAGCCUGCACCGUCUAGUGACAUGACUGAGAGGAAGGAAUACAUCAACGCUAAGUACGUGGAGCAUCGGUUUGCUCGGCGCCCCACCAGCACGGCCACGGCGAGGCACGGUGACCUGUACGAGGCGGUCAGGACUCGAGACCUACUGGGCCUCGUACAGCUCUAUGCUGACGGAGUGGAGCUACUGGAACCGUUCCCCGAGGCAAGACAGGAUCCCGGAGAGACGGCUUUGCACUUCGCAGUCCGGACCUCAGACCAGACCUCGCUACCCUUGGUCGAUUUCCUCGUCCAAAACAGUGGCUCUCCGGACAGGCAGACGGAGAGCGGGAACACUGCGCUCCAUUACUGCUGUACCUAUGAGAAGCCCGAGUGUGUUAAACUGUUACUCAGGGGCAAGCCACUGAUCGAUAUAGUCAAUCAGAACGGUGAGACGGCCUUGGACAUCGCAAGGAGGUUAAAAAACACACAGUGUGAGGAACCACUGAUGGAGGCAGCAGCUGGCAAGUUCAACCCUCACGUCCACGUGGAGUACGAUUGGAACCUGCGGCUCGAGGAGAUUGACGAGAGCGAUGACGAUCUGGAUGAUAAGCAGCCGAGUCCGGUGAAGAAGGAGCGAUCUCCGCGACCGCAGAGCUUCUGCCACUCGUCCAGCGUGUCUCCACAGGAGAAGCUCUCACUGCCUGGAUACUUGAGCCACAGGGACAAGCAGCGGCUCUCGUACGGUGCCUUCGCCACCCCCGUCUACAGCACUUCUACGGAAACCCCCGCAUCGCCUGGGGCAGACACGCAAACUGCUACCACCAAGAGCAGUGCCAAAGCUGCUUCCACUGGCCCUCCCACCUCUCUCCCACUGGGUUCCCAGCCUUGUGCAGGUGGCAGCUCCACUCUGUCUAAAAAGAGGGCUCCUCCACCUCCUCCUGGAGGCCAUAAACGCACUCUCUCAGACCCCCCCAGCCCCGUCCUCCAGGGACCCCAGAGCAAAGGGAGUGAUUUAACUCCACCGCCGGCAAACAGGACGUCGCCAGCUAACAAAUUUGAAGGAAUUCAGCAGCAGCAAAGCACUACUUCUAGUAAUACAAAAUCAACACUUGGUCCAAGAGUCUUACCCAAACUACCUCAAAAAGUGGCAUUAAGAAAGACUCCAGGUAUUGUCCCCCCAGCGGAGAAACCCAGUCAGGGCCCAGAGGUCCUGCAGAAACCUACUCAGGUGGUGGACAUUCCAACCAGAGAAACCAUCACCAGACCUACAGAGCCUCCGCCCAAAAUCCCACAGGCAGCUGAGAGGCCCCAACCAGCUGAGAUUCCUCCCAAGCCACACAUACUGGAGCUUCCUCCAAAACCCCAGCUCUCAGAUCUUCCCCCAAAACCACAGCUAUCAGAAUUACCCCCCAAACCCCAGUUGUCUGAUCUGCCCCCUAAACCCCAACUAAAGGAUUUGCCACCCAAACCACAGUUAUCAGAUUUUGCCCCAAAAAUCCAAGCAUCCACAACUACAGACACCCCCCAAAAACAGCCAACACUAGAAGAGGUAUCCCCAAAGGUGCAGUUAGCAGAGGUACAAACUCCAAGCCAGCAUGGAGAGCUUUCGCCCAGGCAGGCGAGUGAGGAUACUAACGGUGCACCAGCAGGAGUAUUGGAGAUGCCGGUCCCUCUGCCACGCAAAAUAAACACGGGGAAGAGUAAAAUUAAGAGGGUAAAGACCAUCUACGAUUGUCAAGCAGACAAUGAUGAUGAGCUGACAUUUAAUGAAGGAGAAGUGAUCAUUGUUACAGGAGAGGAAGACCAGGAGUGGUGGAUUGGACACAUAGAAGGUCAGCCGGACAGGAAAGGGGUCUUCCCUAUGUCCUUUGUGCAGAUUCUGUCUGACUGACAUUGUGACUGGCAGGUGUGAGGCUGCCCCUGUAGCACAAGCUUUACCCCAUUAGCCUCUCACCAGACUCUGGACUCCUCCUUUCUGUAUAGCUGCUGUAACCCAAACAAAUCUCAAGAAUCCAAAAGGAAAAAAAAACACCAUAUCAGAUCCAGACUAUUGAAAGCAUGAAGGGUGAACUGACUAAAGUGUGUUAACAAAUUGCAUUAUUUUGCCUACCAGUAUUACCGUAGCCAGGGCGGCCCAGCAUGCUAACCUGGGUAUGCAGUAGCUAUCCUCGGAUUUUAGCACUUAACAUUUCUCAGUGUAUGCUGUAACGUUGUGUAUGUGUGCACAUAUGGAAUUAUAUGUAUGUCCAUAUUAAGUGUCUUUGUACAUAUAUAUGCACAAAUAUAAGUGUAUAUUUAUGUACUUAUGUAGGAUGUAAGUGUGCAAAUGUAUGUUAAUCCCUGCUUGCUUCAGGAGCCGGAAAGACUCCUAGACAUUUUAGCUCAGUGUUUUCAUUCAUCAGUCGUAUUCCUGGAAGGACUAACGGACAAAACCGAGAGAAUUAAAUGAUGGUUUCACUGAAUAUUAUAGCAGUGUUAUCCUUCAGUAUAGUGGCAUGAUAACUAGGGAUGAAAACUUUAAUAGUUCCUAGCCUCUAAGCAUCUCAUCUUCUAUGCAUAUAAGGUUAAUCACGUUAGGCUGGAUUUCUUGCUUGUCAUUAUAUGUCGUACUAAAAAAACAAACAAAAAACAAAACAGUAACCACAUUUGUCUUCUAUCUAUACAGUUAUGUUAAAGACUCCAGCUCUGGAGGUGGUUUACUGGUUAGUGUAGUCUAUGCCACUUGGAGACUAUCCAUGUGUCCUCACAACUAAGUCCCUGGAACAUGUCCUUGCCCACAGGGUCAUGAUUUUAAGGCAGAAUGAUCCAUGCAAAUCCAAUCUGUCCUAAAAUUUCCCUGUUGCCCUCAUAGCUCACAUCGACCAGCAUUGGUAUAACAGGUUCUGGAUGCUCAUUUAUUUGGUCUACAUAGAAAUAACUCUGGAACUGUGGAGUUUUGUUUGUAGGUUAUUUGUGUGUUUGAUUUUAUUUGAAUAUGAAUUCAGGGGAAGAGAGCAAUGAGUGACGGGCAGCAACCCGGCCCCGAAUGAACUUAACGCUGCCUCUGACUUUUCCUCAAACCAGGAAGACUUGAGCUUUUUAGCUUUUUCUUUUUGUGUUAACAGAAGAGCAUGUAUUAGCAAAUGCCUCCUAAUUUGUUGAUAGUAUUAGCCAUUUAUAGGGCUACAGUGUGUCAGUAUGAAGAAGAAUACAAUCCGUUUUGAGAUGUAUAGAAAAUAAAUGGAUAUUCAUUUAUUUUAGGAUGUGUUACAAAUGCAUUAGCUGUAACUGGGGUAAACCACGAUGCAAAAUUUCAGCACAAGCAAAAACAGCAGGGCUCCAUGAAGUAACAAACCUAUGUGAAGAUUGUGGAACUGAGUUCCUGAUACACCAUUCCUUUAUUGUGUACAUUUAAACUCUUCAUGAGCCUGUUGUUGGACCAAAUGUGUGAAAUUCAUGUAUAACAUACACUUCAUAAAGAAAUGCCAUCUUGACUUGUCAGGAACUGGUGACUCACUUGUCAGGAACUGGUGACACUCUUAUCUGCUAAUAUUUGAAACAGUCAUAUGGCUAAUUUCAUGAAGAACUGGAUUUGAUCCUAAUGUUAAAAAUAUAUUUAGGUAGUUUUUACCACUCAUUUCUCAUUUGUUUUUUCGUCUGUAUUUUGCUGCACUGUAUGUUUAGUAUUGAGAAUCUCUCUGAUAUCAAGUUUCAUUUAGAAAUAAAUAUUUUAUGUUGAAA